UCAUCCUCCCGACCUGUCCUCCUGCAUCGACUGGCCCAAGCACACGCGCCUCUCAGCUCCUCCUUAGCGAGUCCUCGCUCGCUCGACUUGAGAAUAAGGUCGCAGCAUUAUUAUUUCAAGAUUAUUUCCUUUUCUUUAAGUCCUUUAUAUUCAGAUCCUAUGGAAGUUUUUAUUUUCACGGCGUUGCUUUGGGCCUUCAGUGGAGUGGGAUGCCUGCCUCUAUCCUCAUCUCUACAGGUUGCUGACUGUAUUCAGGACUCUCUAAAAAGUAAUGGUGGUGUGCAACAUCCUGUCUGUGACAAACGGAAAACAGAUGAUGCUGUCCACAGGCACCAGGGUCUCCUGAGGGAGCUGCAGGAGCUGGCCCAGAAGGAGAGCGAAAGAGAGAGAGAGUAUGGGAAGGAGAAAGAGCGAUAUGAGGAGAACCAGGCUGAGGGAGAGAGGGACCGAGAGGGGAGGGAGGGGGAGCGGAAUGAUGACCAGAAGGAGACUGAGGAAGAAGAACUUAGAAAGAAAGAGACGAAGGCAGAAGAGGUAGAGGAGGAGGAGAAAGUGGAGAUGAAGGACAGAAUGAAUGAGGAGAUGAGGGAAGAGCCCAGACUGGAGGAGGAAAGGGGGGAUGAGGAAGAGCGCACCAAAGAGCUGGAGGAGCUCCUCGCGAAGGAGAUAAGGAAGAUAGGAAAGGAAGAAAAAGAGGACAGGGAGCUUGAGGAGCUGAAGAAGAAAAGGUACGAGUCGGUGAAGGAGAAAAGGUACGAGUUGGUGAAGGAGAAAAGGUACGAGUCGGUGAAUGAGAAAGAGCUCCAGAGAGGGUCAGAAGCGGAGGAGGAGAGGAAGAAGGAUGAGGAGGAGCAGAAAAAUGGAGAGAGAGAGCGGCUAGACAUUUUUGAGAACGAAGAGAGGAAACGCAGCGAGGAGAGGAAGAACAACGAGGUGGAGCUGCUGGUGGAGAAAGAGAAGGUGGAGCGGGAGCUCAAGGAGCUGCUGGAGGAACAGGACAGCAAGAAGAACGUGGAGAAAGAGAAAGAGAGGGAGGAAAAGCAGGAGGAACUGGAGGAGCUCCUCAAAAAGAUGAAACGCGUGCAAGAGGAAGAGGAGCAAGAAGAGGAGGAGAGGAAGAGCGAGAAUACCGGGGAUGAGGCGAAAGUGGACAAAGAGAGCGAGAAGGAGGGAGCGAUUCGCAAGGAAUUGGAGAAGGUGAAAGAGGGAGAGAGUGAGGAGGUUAAGGAGCCUCAGCAGAAGAGAGUGAUGGAGAAAGCGAGUGAUGAGUCGACCCGUCAGUUUGAAAAGGAGAGGAACAGGGAUGAUGAUGAUGACGAUGAUGAAGAAGCAGAUGAGGAAGAUGAGGAUGAAAACAAUGAGGAUUGGGAAGAGGAAGAGGAAGAGGAAGAGGAAGAGGAGGAUGAGGACAAAAAGGAGGAUGUUGAGGAGGAUGAAGGAGAGGAGCUUCUGGAGAUUGAGGCAGAGCUGCGAAAAGUAGCUGCAGAGCUUCGGGAGCUUCACAGGGGUCGUUAAGUUCUAAAUUACACACACACACACACACACACACACACACACACACACACAACACAACACAAGACAGACA